UGAUCCAUAUUUUAUGACAUUAAUUACUUUUGCAUAAACAUUUUUAGCCUGAUGCGCUCAUUCAUUUUGAAUAAUUUCUGUAAUGAAACUAAAGUCCUACAUUAAGCCAUUGUAUUAAGCUGCCAUAUUGUCUCAGCCAUUUUGAUAAUCGAAAAACGCCACACUGCUCCAAAAAAUAGACGAAAAAACACAAAUUUUGAAACCUCGAUUGACUCUUAAAAGUUUAAACAACUCUGGAGAGCAGGGGGUGUCCGGUUGACAAAUAAUGCCUCAUAUAUAUUGAAGACAGAUUAGUAGAGAUGAUCAAAAUUUGUCAAACCCAAAAAAUUACAGGUAACUUCUUUGACGAUGCAGAAUUGAUACAAAUAACUUCAAAAUAUGUGGUAUAUAAAUAUGACACAUUACACGGUAAAUAUGGAAAAACGGCAUAAUUUUACAUGGUGUAUAUCGAUUUAAUCAAUUAUUAUCUAAUGUUUACUCAAAGCAUUCGAAUCGGAGAUUUUCAGCUUUUCAAGUUCAUGUUACCGAAACUGUGUAAUAUAUUUUUCAUUUUUAACCAAGUAAAUUAUUCUCGUUGGUUACUAAAAUAUCAUGAUAACUUAUUAAAAGUUGAUGAGACUCAUCCAGAACUUGCAGCUGAAUUCAAAAAGGGAUUCUUUGGUAUAAAAAAAACUGAUAAACCAUUUUCAAGAAUUCCGGUAGAUUUAACACUAGAACAAACAAUUAAUGCUGAUGCAGAAAAUAAAUUGACGGGAAUAGUCAAUUUUGCUAAUUUAAUAUCAGCGCGCCAAAGAUGGGCAAAAAGCCAUAGUUUAAGAAGUACUAUUAUAUCACACGUUUAUGAAGAAAGUGGAUUAAAAAAAGUACAGGAUGUGACUUCUGAUUUAGAAAAACAUCAAUUAAGCAAGGACUCUUUGCAACUUAAUAAAUUUAUUGAAAAAAUCGAAAAAAAUAUUAUUCCUUUUGACCUCGAUAAAUUAGAUGAUGACUUAUUAUAUAACAUUAGUACAGACCAAAGCGCAUCAAAGGAAGUAGCUAACUUUCUCUUAAAUGUGGAGAAAAAUGGUAAUCAGUUGCGUGAAACAUUUAUUGAAGAAUGUUCCACUUCUAAUAAGAGAUUUGAGGAGCCUAUAAAAAAAUAUUAAAUUUUGCUUCCUGCAAUGCAGUAAAGAAACUAAAAAUUAAUAAUAAAGUGGAAGAAGUAAGGUUGUAAAGAGAUUUAUAUGAACGUAUACUUGACAUUUCAUUAAAUGAAAAUACUAAUGUAGAAAAAGUCUUAACUUUUCCAUUAACACCAUUGCCCAUGUCAUUGUGCCAUUUGGACGGCACUAUAUGUAAAACGGAAAAAUCAGCAUUGAUGAAAUGUUUUAAAGCCGAAAAUACUCCACCACCUUAUGUCGAUAUUCGAAUAAUAGAUGGUUUUUUUUUAUUGCAUUGCAUGCGAGAUAUUCCUCAAACAUUCAAAAAUAUAUCAAAGAAAAUAUUACAAAUGAUAACUAAUUAAAAACGCUUCUGAAAUUCAUAUUAUUUUUUAUCAAUAUUUUUCACCAUCUAUUAAAGAUUAUGAGCGAUCUAUAAGAGGGGGAUCUAUGAGAGAUUACGUUAUAUCUGGGCCUGAGCAAAUAAGGCCGAGUGACUUCCAUAAAGAAUUACGGAAUAGUCGGUUCAAAGAAGCUUUGUUUGAAUUUUUUAUUUCUCAUUGGGAAAAUAAUGAAAUGGCUAUUUAUAUUGGAACUAAAAUAAUAGUAGAUAGGCUAUAGGCAUACCAAAACAUAGGCAUACCAAAACACCCCCUCUCCUCUCAAACUGUUUUGGUACCCGAUGAAGGAGUGGGAUAGUUUCCCCCUCUCACGCAUACUAAAACAUUCCCUCUUCUCUCCGAGUGUUUUAGUACCCGAUGAAAGAGAGGGAAUAGUUCUCCCCACUCUCCCUUAUGUUUUGGAAUGCCUAUAGCGUUCUCUUACGUGUUCUAGUACCCGAGAUGAAAAGAGUGGGAUAUGUUUCCCUUUCUCAUGUGUUUUAGUAACCAAUGAGAGAAAGAGUGGGAUGGUUUCCCACCACUCUCAAUUCCCUUCCCUAUACAAGUCUGAAUUUGUAGAUUUUUCACCGCCUACAAAGAAAAGCUAUUGGCUACUUUUUUUUUAGUGGAAGGGGCAGCCUUUUUUUUCAGAGAUACACACGAUCUGAUAGGGCCUUUUUUCUCGUGCGGAUGGAUGUAAAAUCGAAAAUGGCCUGCAGCGAGGAGAUGUACACGAUCUAAUGGGCCUUAUGAACACCCUAAUGACUUGGACCUUGUUUUUUAUGUACACAAGCCAUUACGACGUCCGGCGUCUAGAAAUUUUCUCAAAGAUAUACGGGAUGAUAAAGAAAAUGCGUUUGGCUGAACUGAUAAGUAGAUGGAGCGAAAAAAAUUGUACACCUGCGCGCUUGAGUCUAAAAAUGUGUACACAAGCCAUUACGGAGUCUGCGCGCAGAGAUUCAAUCACAAGCCUAUAGGAAGGGUCUUAGAAAUUUUCUCGGUCAAGAAAAGGUCGUAGAUUAGUCGAAGUGUUUCUGCGCGUUUAUGAAAAAUAUAUUUUUUUUUUAGCGGGGGGUGUGCACAAACUGUCGUGUUUUGAGAAUUAGGGAGGAAAAAUUUUCACAAAUCAGAGGAUUUUUCAAGAAGGUGGUGGAAAGAGAAACUCAACCAAUUGGAGAACUUUUCCAGGAGAAUUGUAGAAUUAGAGAGGAAAAAUUUCACCAAUCAGAGAAUUUUUGUAGGAGAGUCAUAGAAAGAGCAAGCUAAAAUUUGGGUACAAAUAGUCCCAGUGCUAACUGCAGUCAGUUCAGUCAUCGAUUUUUCAAUUUCACAAGUUUGAAGAAAGAUCAAGAUAGCAACGAAGAAGACGAGUUCCAGAAGAAGUAGGAUUCGAGUCGCCCAGGAGUGCAUACGUUGGCUGGUAUCCAACGCACCGACUCUAUUGACUAUGCUGGAGUACGUCUCCUGGUCGAUGGAGGUAAUAGAAAGGUUGCCGCCACUGCCGUCCAAUGCUGAUUUGCAGAAGUUAUACAGCAAAUCGCAAAGCUCUUCAGCGGAGAACGCUAAGGCGAGCUCACGGCAUCCUGGCCGUUCGUCGACAGUUGACGAUGUCAAUCCUCGACAAUCCCAGGCGGCUGAGGAGCAUCGAAGAUCCCCGGCGGCAUCAGAACCUUCGCAGCGCCGACGAUCCCCGUCAGUACUGGGAUCUCAGCCCCGAGGAAACCGGUCUCGAUAGAGUAGUUCGAGCAGUUCCAGUUCGAACGGAAUGCCAUCGGUUAUAAGCAUACAUGAUCUUGGGCCGAUUCCCAAGCGGAAAUUAAAUGAAGACAAAGGCGGGAAUAAGCAGAAGAAAAGGGCAUCUGGUGAGAUGUCUCCAAAAGCAGGAACAUCGAGGAUGGACCUGGAAACUACGAGACCAGUUUGCGAAAUACGGGGCCGUUUACAACUGAAGCGGACAGACAGCACUGCUGAUAAAAAAGUAAAAAAUAGCAGCACUCAACAUGAGCAGCAGCAACAACAACAGCAACACCAAAAACAGCAGCAGCAACCACAGCGGCAGCAACAACAGCGGCAGCAGCAGCAGCAACAACAGCGGCAGCAGCAGCAGCAACAACAGCGGCAGCAGCAGCAACAACAGCAGCAACAUCGACAACAACAUCAACGGAAUCUACCAAGAAUUGUAGAUGACGAAAUUAUUGUAGAUCCAAUUGAUGUAUCAACAAUUUUUAACGAUUGUAAAAAAAGAAAAUAAAUUAAAAAAAAAAUCAGCGUCAGCCUAGAUGACCGUUAUCUGACGUCAUUUUUUCCGCGCGAUAUUUAAAACUAUUUGUUUCCGACACUGUACAAGCAAGUACAUUUUUAAAUAAUCAUAACAUAAGAAUUUUUUCAUUUUUUUAAAGAUUAUUUUAUUUAGUGCAAGCAAGUACAUUUUAAAUAAUUAUAAUCUAUCUCGUCAUGACUAAAGUUUCCGGCAAUAUAAUUCAAUAGCCAAGUUCGUAUCGAAAGGACGUUGUGGACAGUACACGCAGGUGAUCGUCGUAUGCAAAGAUCGUGGUUGUAGCAAAAGUAAUGUUCAUUACUUUUUAUAUUCUCAAGUGAUGGACAUCCGAGAUCUUCAACAUUUGAGAUUAAACUGAAAAUAGUUAUUUAGUAAAUACGUAAGUAUUUAUACUUUCAAAGUAUAAAUUAAUAAAACAUUAAGAUAUAUUAUAAAUACUUACGCAUUUGGUAAAUAAUUUUUUAACCACUGUGCUUUCUGCUCCCCUUGAUAAAUAGCUUUUGAACACCUUGCGUACAGAUUUCUAAAACAUGCUUAAGUCAAUGGUAAGGAAUGUCGCCAGAAUUCUAUUCGAUUCCAUGGUAACUUUUUUCUAGCCAGUGUAUCAUGCAUUUUUCUUCCUCUGUUAGAUCUUCCCAAAGCAUUGGUGACUUAAAGAGAUAUACAGUUGGAAAAGCAGUUUUUUUCAAGUUAAGAAAACUGAUUUCCUUAAAAAUAAAAGUAUCCAUGGCAAUUCUUUGAAACCCUUGAAUGUCCACAAUAUAAAUGUUUUCUUCUGGACAUUGCAGCAUGUUAUUUUUGAACAUUGUUUCGUAUUCACACGUUGUAUUCAUCUUGUAGAGUUAGUUCAGUAAGAAGUAAGUAUUUAAAAUGAACAGAUUGAUUCUCACACGCUCAAUAUAUAAGGAGAAACUCCGCCUUAUGUUUUUUACAAUUGGUCGCUCAAAAAAAGUACAGGCCUGAUUAGUCUAAAAAUAGAAAAUUCAUCCCUUCCCA